ACUGCGCAGGCGCCGCGUUUCACGAGGCGGCAGGGGGCGGGGCUUGCGCCAGGGACGUUACAACUCGUCUGGCCCGGCAGCGACGCCAUUUUGAAUCGGCUGCAGCUGGAGGCGGUGGUGGCUGAGUGCAGCGCUGCGUCCACCGAGAGAGCCGGAGAACAUGGCGGCGAACCGGAAUCUGAAACAGGUGCGGAUCGAGAACAGCUCCCCGGCGGCGCCGCUGGGCGUGGUGGGCGGCGGCGGCAUGAAGGGGCUGCGCGGCCUGGAGGCGGAGAGCGAAGCGGCCGCCAUGGCGCUGGGCAAGGAGCCCGGCGACGAGGAGCAGGGGCGCGGCUUCACCAUCGACAUCAAGAGCUUCCUGAAGCCUGGCGAGAAGAGCUACACGCAGCGCUGCCGCCUCUUCGUCGGCAACCUGCCCACCGACAUCACCGAGGAGGACUUCAAGCGCCUCUUCGAGCGCUACGGGGCAAAGUACUUUGUAGAAAAUGGAAUAGGAUUGUGCAUAAAAUGUGUGCGUUUUUUGUUUUUUUGUUUUUUCCCUUUGAAAAAGGAAUCUAGGACACUUGCUGAAAUAGCAAAGGCAGAACUUGAUGGUACGAUUUUGAAGAGCAGACCACUUAGAAUUCGUUUUGCUACACAUGGAGCUGCCUUAACAAUCAAGAAUCUUUCACCUGUGGUUUCCAAUGAACUACUGGAACAAGCCUUCUCUCAGUUUGGCCCAGUGGAGAGAGCUGUGGUUGUAGUAGAUGACCGUGGUAGAGCUACAGGGAAAGGUUUUGUGGAGUUUGCAGCAAAGCCUCCAGCACGGAAGGCUCUAGAAAGAUGCAACGAUGGGGCAUUUUUACUGACCACAACGCCUCGCCCUGUGGUUGUAGAACCUAUGGAACAGUUCGACAAUGAAGAUGGACUGCCAGAGAAGUUAAUGCAAAAAACACAACAAUAUCAUAAGGAAAGAGAACAGCCUCCACGUUUUGCUCAGCCUGGAACUUUUGAGUUUGAGUAUGCUUCACGGUGGAAGGCUCUUGAUGAGAUGGAAAAACAGCAACGUGAACAGGUUGACAGAAACAUUAGAGAAGCCAAAGAGAAACUAGAGGCAGAAAUGGAAGCAGCUAGACAUGAACAUCAGUUAAUGCUGAUGAGGCAAGAUCUCAUGAGGCGCCAAGAAGAACUGAGGCGUUUGGAAGAACUUAGAAAUCAAGAACUACAGAAACGGAAGCAGAUACAAUUGAGACAUGAAGAAGAGCACCGACGUCGUGAAGAAGAGAUGUUACGCCAGCGAGAACAGGAAGAACUCAGACGGCAGCAGGAAGGAGGGUUUAAACCAAAUUUCAUGGACAAUAGAGAACAGGAAAUGAGAAUGGGUGAUAUGGGUCCUCGUGGAGCAAUAAACAUGGGAGAUGCGUUUAGCCCAGCACCUGCUGGUAGCCAAGGUCCUCCUCCAAUGAUGGGUAUGAAUAUGAACAACAGAGGAACUUUGCCUGGCCCUGCAAUGGGUCCUGGUCCUUCCAUGGGACCAGAAGGAGCUGCAAAUAUGGGAACACCAAUGAUGCCAGAUAAUGGAGCAGUGCAUAAUGAGAGAUUCCCUCAAGGAGGUCCAUCACAGAUGGGUUCACCUAUGGUUAGUAGAGCGGGCUCUGAAACUCCUCAGCCGCCAAUGAGUGGCGUGGGUGCCGUGAGUGGUGGACCUGGUGGCUUUGGUAGAGGAAAUCCAGGGGGCAACUUUGAAGGACCUAACAAACGUCGCAGAUAUUAAAAACUUCUUUCAUUCCUUACUGUUUAGAAAAUUUAGUACAGGUAUCCAGUGAUCUGCCUUUAUAAUUUUAGCUGUUAUCUGGAAAACGGUUUUAUUGUUAAUGUAGUCUUUAAAACAGUUUCUUUUGUAAAACCUAAACAUUUUUGUAUUCAGUAAUAGGCUUUGUAGUGUAGAGCAGAAAUGAUGAGCAUCAUUAUGUAAGUCAAUGUGUUUGUGACUUCAGCAAAAUAUAAACAUGUGACUAUGCUGUAAAACUUGUGCAGUUAUUUGAUCACAAUAAAAUAUAAAACAAAUCAAAUGAAUUUGGAAAUGUUAUUAAAAAUACUGCUUGGAAUAACUUUUUUUUGUUAAAUUGUAAGUAGCAUCUUUUUCAUUCAUCUCAAUACUUAAGAAUUCUUACGUUAAGUGUGAAAAAACUUCAUGUUUAAUUAAUUGUAAAUGUGUGCAAAUAGAGCUGCAAGUUGCAAUUCAUAUGAUGAAUAUUUAUGUUAUGACAAGUGAUUGAAGCUAAUACAACUUCUCAAAAGCAUUGAAUUUUAUAUACAUCCUUACUGAGCUGUAAAAAUGCUGUUUACUUAUUUCUUCUUCCUGUACAAAUCUAAUCACUAUAGGUUUGUCAACGAAGUAUAUCCUCUGUUAAACUUUUCAAAUAAACGUUUUGAACCUUGAAAAAUAAUAUUAAGCAGAAGACAAAUCUU